AAGGAGGCUUUUAAUGGCCUGUGCUGUCAGCCUUGUCUUCAUGACCGGAGAAGUGAUUGGCGGAUACGCUGCUCACAGUCUGGCCAUCAUGACGGAUGCAGCUCAUCUCCUCACUGACUUUGGCAGCAUCGUCAUCAGCAUCUUCUCUCUGUGGAUCUCAGCCAGGCCUCAAACACACACCAUGACCUUUGGGUGGCAUCGAGCAGAGAUUCUGGGCAUGUUGCUGUCAGUAGUGUCAGUCUGGGCCGUGACAGCAGUGCUCGUCAUAUCAGCCAUCCAGAGGAUCACCGACGGAGACUAUGACAUCGACAGUCAGGUCAUGCUCAUCACCUCAGGCUGUGCUGUGGCGGUCAACGUCCUGAUGGUCCUGAUCCUCCAUCAGUCCGGAGCAUCACACGGCCACAGUCACACGUUUAAUGCCAGCCGGCCACAGACAGACAAACGGCGUCAGGGGAGCAGCCACCAUCACAGCCACGGCAACGCCAGUGUGAAGGCAGCUUUCAUCCAUGUGGUGGGAGAUCUGGUGCAAAGUGUGGGAGUCCUGCUGGCUGCUACUGUCAUCCACUUCUGGCCUCAGUAUAAAGUAGCAGAUCCCAUCUGCACGUUCCUGUUCUCGGUUCUUGUUGUUGCCACUACUCUUCCAGUCACAAAGGACGUCUUCAGAAUCCUGAUGGAGGGAGCUCCUCAGCACGUUAACUCCAGCGCUGUGAGAGAGCUGCUGCUGUCUGUCAGAGGAGUCGUGGACGUUCACAGUCUGCACGUGUGGAGCCUCAACAUGACUCGCUCUUUGCUUUCUGUCCACGUGGUCACAGAGGAAGAUGCUGAUGCACAGAUCGUCCUCAUGAAGGCCUCAAAGCUCCUGCGCUCUGAGUUUGGGUUCUCCAGCGUCACAAUCCAAGUGGAGCGUUAAAGGAACGACUGCUGAAGGCACAAUGUGAGGACUGUAUGAGGACUGAGACACCUCCAUCACUGACGUGAGGGUCCUGUGCGGUUACUGUUGUUGCAGUUCAUCCUGGUCACCAGUGGAGGUCGACAGAGAUCACAAGAGUUAAUGCCACAUAAGUUAUUAAAUGAUGAUUAAUGUUUUAAUAGUUGUUUGUUGCUAAUCUUUGGUUCAUAGGUUUGUAAACAGAAUACAUUUAUGAUUAAAUGUUAUUUCAUUUUUGUUCAGUUGGUUAUAAAGUGCAGGUUUUUCCAAACAGAUUCAACAGGUACUUUAAAUAAGUAUAUCCAAUUUAUGCUACUUUAUGCUUCUACUCUAACAUUUCAGAGGAAAUAUUGUAAUUUUAAAAUUACAGCACAGUUGUCAACUCAAAGACUAAAGUCCCCAUAUACCCCUCACAGGUGCUUUCAGUUUUGUCGCUGAUUAGAUGUACUCAGUUUGGAGUUUACACAAGGUCAUCAUGUACUUAUAGAUACAAUAUUUAAAAUGAUAAAGCUUUAAAUUUCCCUGCAACUGAACUAACAAGAGCCUCUGAAAUCCUGGCAAAAGGUAUUUUAUCUUGGCGCAACAGAUAACUUGUGUGUGCAUACUUAUCUAUAAUACUUUUACUCCAGUAGAAUUUUGAAUACAAGACGUUUACUGGGAACAAAGUAUUUUUACACUGUGGUAUUGUUACUUUUUCCACCACUGAGUUUAAAGAGGUGACGUCUUUGCAGAAGGUUUUUGUGGUUUUUAUCAGGUAUUCUCAGGAAUAAAAUGACUCUUAACAGACACUCUGUAACUACAUGUCACUGAUUACACACUGUUGUG